AUGGUAAAGAAGGUUCUGGGAAACACCUCGACUACUAAAGAUACACGAAAGCAGAAAGGCAAUGGUGGUGGUCUCCAUCUGGAGGAGAGGGUGCGAGCCGGCUGCCAAGCUGGGCUGGAGAGGGCGGAGGUGGGCUGGAGGCUGGGGAGCCUGACCCCUCCAUCCAGCCCCCUCCGUCCUCCACACAGCCUGACCCCUCCAUCCAGCCCCCUCCGUCCUCCACACAGCCUGACCCCUCCAUCCAGCCCCCUCCGUCCUCCACACAGCCUGACCCCUCCAUCCAGCCCCCUCCGUCCUCCACACAGCCUGACCCCUCCAUCCAGCCCCCUCCAGCCUCCACACAGCCUGACCCCUCCAUCCAGCCCCCUCUGUCCUCCACACAGCCUGACCCCCUCCAUCCAGCCCCCUCUGUCCUCCACACAGCCUGACCCCUCCAUCCAGCCCCCUCCAGCCUCCACACAGCCUGACCCCUCCAUCCAGCCCCCUCCGUCCUCCACACAGCCUACACCCUCCAUCCAGCCCCCUCCAGCCUCUACACAGCCUGACCCCUCCAUCCAGCCCCCUCCAGCCUCCACACAGCCUGACCCUCCAUCCAGCCCCCUCCGUCCUUCACACAGCCUGACCCCUCCAUCCAGCCCCCUCUGUCCUCCACACAGCCUGACCCCCUCCAUCCAGCCCCCUCCAGCCUCUACACAGCCUGACCCCUCCAUCCAGCCCCCUCCAGCCUCCACACAGCCUGACCCCUCCAUCCAGCCCCCUCCAGCCUCCACACAGCCUGACCCCUCCAUCCAGCCCCCUCCGUCCUCCACACAGCCUACACCCUCCAUCCAGCCCCCUCCAGCCUCUACACAGCCUGACCCCUCCAUCCAGCCCCCUCCAGCCUCCACACAGCCUGACCCCUCCAUCCAGCCCCCUCCAGCCUCCACACAGCCUGACCCCUCCAUCCAGCCCCCUCCGUCCUCCACACAGCCUACACCCUCCAUCCAGCCCCCUCAAUCCUCCACACAGCCUGACCCCUCCAUCCAGCCCCCUCAAUCCUCCACACAGCCUGACCCCUCCAUCCAGCCCCCUCCGUCCUCCACACAGCCUGACCCCUCCAUCCAGCCCCCUCCAGCCUCCACACAGCCUGACCCCUCCAUCCAGCCCCCUCUGUCCUCCACACAGCCUGACCCCUCCAUCCAGCCCCCUCCGUCCUCCACACAGCCUGACCCCUCCAUCCAGCCCCCUUACCUGACCCCCUCCAUCCAGCCCCCUCCGUCCUCCACACAGCCUGACCCCUCCAUCCAGCCCCCUCCAGCCUCCACACAGCCUGACCCCUCCAUCCAGCCCCCUCCAGCCUCCACACAGCCUGACCCCUCCAUCCAGCCCCCUCCGUCCUCCACACAGCCUGACCCCUCCAUCCAGCCCCCCUUUAGCCUGUCUCGCUCUACACACUCUCUCCCAGACACCAUUAAGCCAGCCCACACUCUCAGCCCGUACCGACUCCAGUCCCCCUCCAACCCGCACCCCUCUCCCUGCCUGCAUCCUGUCCCAGCCAACAAUCUCCUUCAGCCCCCCUCCAGCCCGGCCUUCUAA